AUGCCGGUGAAUUUUUUAACUAGUGUUGUAUUUGAUGGACCAGAGGUGAUUCCGUAUUGGGAUCAAAUUAAAGAAUAUGGACCUACUGUUAUUCCCAUUCUAUUAACUCUUGCGGGGGCCAAGUAUUAUUUUCAUGGUGCCACCAAUACGUGGGAACGAGACAUGCAUGGGAAAGUGUUUAUGAUUACUGGUGGGACCAGUGGUAUUGGGGCUCAAAUAGCAUAUGAAUUGGGUCAACGAGGAGCACAACUAAUAUUACUAACUAGAAGAACCAAUGAUCAAUGGAUAGCUGAAUAUAUUGAAGAUUUACGUGAUAAAACUAAUAAUGGUUUGAUAUAUGCAGAAGAAUGUGAUUUGAGUUCACUUUAUUCAAUCAGAAAGUUUGCCACAAAAUGGCUUGAUAAUCAACCACCAAGAAGAUUAGAUGGAGUAAUUUGUUGUGCUGCUGAAUGUAUCCCACGAGGAAAAUCUAGACAAAUAACUAUAGACGGAGUUGAACGACAAAUUGGUAUUAAUUAUUUGGCUCAUUUCCAUUUUUUAACUUUAUUGGGUCCGUCACUAAGGGUUCAACCUCCUGAUAGAGAUGUGCGGGUGUUGAUUGCAACGUGUUCGUCUCAAAAUUUAGGGGAGGUGGAUUUGAACGAUUUAUUAUGGAGUGAAAAGAGAUAUCCAGUGAGUCAACCAUGGAAGGUAUAUGGGACAUCUAAAUUACUUUUAGGGUUGUUUGCUAAAGAGUAUCAAAGGCAGUUGAUGGGAUAUGAACGUAAAGAUAAGGCACCAUGUAACGUUCGUAUUAAUUUAAUCAACCCAGGUAUUGUUCGAACACCUUCAACAAGAAGAUUUCUAUCUUUGGGAUCCAUUUGGGGGUUGGUUAUAUAUUUGAUUUUAUUCCCGAUUUGGUGGUUAUUUUUUAAGAGUGCUGAGCAAGGUGCUCAGUCAUUUUACUUUGCGUUAUUUGCUCCUAUUUUCAUGAAGAUUGAAGGUGGUAACAUGGUACAGGAAUGUAAAAUAAUGACUAAAGUUAGAAAAGAGUAUACUGAUGAUGAUUUGCAGCAAAAGGUUUUCCAUAACACUGAAGAAUUGAUCAAACAGAUUGAAACGAAAUCAGCUAUUGAACGUAAAAAGCAUGAAAACACCAAAAAGACUCCCGAACAAAAGGCUAAGGAAAGGCAAGAUGAAUUGAACAGAAAGAGAGAUUUGCAUAUCAAACCAGAAACCCCAGAGGAAUUGGAACUGAAAUUAAAUGUAUUGAGAAAUCAAAUUGGUAUGGGGACCGGUAUUCUGUCCAAUGAAAUGCCAUUGUUUCCUGAUGAUGAGACUCUCAAGAAAGUAAUCGGUUCCAGAAAGAAUGCCAGUGGUAGCAGCAGUGAUGCUCUGAAAUCAAAUCAAAGUAAAAAGAAAUCUAAAAAAAUAUAG